CCAGAGCUUCCGUAAAUUCAGCUGUUAUUACGACUUUCAAUUACUUUGGGUGCGGUCGAAAACUUACUGCAAAUGCAUUGUUUGCCGAGAAUACAUAAAUAAGUGGUCAUAAAUUUACUGACGCUUACUACAUUUACUUCAACUUUAGUGAAUAAUUUAAAGUACGCAUGCGUCAAUUUUUACACCUUUUACUGUAAAUGCUUCUCGAAAAUAGGUGGUAAAACGACAGUAAACAAAACAGCUGAUCAGUUUAAAAUGGAGUUAACCUUAAUUGAUGCUGAUACUAAUAAAGAAUUUAAGUUGUUCCUGAAUGAAGAGGAUUACAAUAAGGCCGUUAAUGAUGUCACAUUUGCAACAGUACUUUUACAACAUGCAAUAAUUAACAGUAAAGCCUCUUCUACUGUUCCCGGGAAUAAGAAUCCAACACGCCAAUCAUUGGAUACUGAUACUGAAACAUUAGGAAUUAACUGUUCACAGGAAUUACCGAAUGACAGUGAAGACGUACUGUUGUCCCCAUCAAGUGACAAUCUACUGUUGUCCCCAGCCAGUAACAAUCCGUUGUCCCCAUCAAGUGACAAUCUAUCGAUACCGAUUAAUGAAAAUGAUUCGGAAAAUACAGAAGAUAUUUCUGGCCGUUGGUCACACGAGGGAAUAUUAUUAUUGCUGGAUGUAUAUCAUACAAAAUCAGAUUUGUUGGUAAAGGGUAAAAUAAAACAGAAACUGUUUUGGGAGCAGAUUGCUUCUUUAAUUAAUAAAAAGGGAUAUAAUGUAACAGCAAAGCAGUGCCAAACAAAACUUGCUACCCUUAAGCGACAAUACAAAAAAAUUAAGGACUACAAUAACACUUCAGGCAACGAUAGAAAGGAGUGGAUUUACACAGAAAAAAUGGAUGAACUAUUUGGCAAUAAACCGUGGGUUGAACCUGUAGCAACAGCAUCCUCUUCUCAAAACCCAGAACCAUCACUUAACUUGCCUGCGACGAUGCCUUCUACACCGACAAGACCUAGUCUAUCAAACACACCCCAAAGUAGGUGCUUAUUGUUUACAUGUAAAUUAUUCAUAUCUUAUUAUUUAGAGACCAACUCAAAAAAAGUAGUCGACAUUCUUACGAAAAUUCGAGAGGACCGGGAAAGACACCACAGUGAAAGAAUGGCCAAAAGCUCGGAAGCAAUUGCUUUAUUAAAACUCUUGGUCGAACAAAUUGCAAAAUAAAAAUGAAAAAUUUGUAGAUAUUUAUUAUAAUAAAAGUGUUUUGAUGUUUUACAGUGCAUAAGAGUAUUGUUAUAUUGUCAAAUGUCAUAUGUCUUCACGGGUAGGUAAUGCAGCAGCAAUUGCAUCACGUUUUUGUUUAGCCAAUGCCUUUUCGUUUGUAUCUACAUUGCCAUUAACUCCACAUUGAGUGUUAUUCUUAUCGGAUGUAUGCAACGCUAAAGGUUGAAACUGAUCAUUUUUUAAAAGGCAAAUAUUAUGUAUAACACAGCAUGCAAUAAUGUAUUGUGGAAUAAGGUCAGUUCUGAUCAUGGGAAGAUUAUCUAAUAAUCUUCUCAUUCUUCCCUUAAGAAGUCCAAAUGAUCUUUCAAUUACCAUUCUGGUGGACGAGUGACAAUAAUUGUAGUUUUUUUGAGCUCGAGUUAGGUGACCAUUGUCUUUGUAAGGCACCAUCAUAUGCGUAUGCAACAUAUACGCAGCA